AUGGGCGCCUAUCUCUAUGGGCGCCUAUCUCUAGGGGCGCCUAUCUCUAGGGGCGCCUAUCUCUAUGGGCGCCUAUCUCUAGGGGCGCCUAUCUCUAGGGCGCCUAUCUCUUUGGGCGCCUAUCUCUAUGGGCGCCUAUCUCUAGGGGCGCCUAUCUCUAGGGGCGCCUAUCUCUAUGGGCGCCUAUCUCUAUGGGCGCCUAUCUCUAGGGGCGCCUAUCUCUAUGGGCGUCCUAUCUCUAGGGCGCCUAUCUCUAGGGGCGCCUAUCUCUAUGGGCGCCUAUCUCUAUGGGCGCCUAUCUCUAGGGGCGCCUAUCUCUA